AUGGGUAAAGCGAAGAGUAGAGCGGCAACUAAAUAUACUCCACAGGAGCUAAGAGCAGCUAGCAACCGAGUGAUGCGCUCACUAAACACAGUGAACAAGCAGGCCAUGAAAAACACAGGAUUCAAACCUCAGAUCACCAACUCUUUAGGUAAAGAGCGGAGCAUUUCCAAGUCUUCGGUGCGACGCCAAAACCGCAAGCAAAAGUCUAAUCUGGCAGGCAAAUCAAUGGACUCAUUACUAGAAGUUCUGCCAGAGACCGAGGAUCAGCCGCAAAUUGGCGUAGAUAAAAAGAAAGUUCUCAACCCUCACAAAAUGAAAUCCAACCAACGGCUGGCCCAGGUGGAAAGUAAACGGUUCACAAAGGUUGUGGGCACCUCAAUGGCGGAGAUUCGCAGAAAGUUGCUCGAGCAGAAGGAUGAGAUCAAAUAA